UUGAAAAACCCCUCACAAAUGCACCCCACAACCUGACAACCUCCUCCUUCCCCUCCUCCUCUUUCAGCAAAGAAAAAGCAAAAAAAAUAAAAAAAAUAAAAACCUGACAAACCUCCUCCAAUCCAAAUUCUAUAGGUCUGUUUGUUUUAACCAAAAACCUAAUUUUGAUCAAUUCUGGUUCAAUCUAAUGCCCUUUCUCCCUGCCCACAUUUCUUUUUUUGGUCCCUCUUCUUCUUCUACCUCCUCAGCCCCCUUCUUUAUUCUGAUUCUUCCACACUUCCGUACUAUUGGGAUUCCACUCUUCCUUCUAGGGUUCUUAUAACUCUCAUCCCUCUUUCCCACCAAUCUCCCAAUCACACCCUCCUUUCAUUUCUUUUAGGGUUUCGUCCUGUUUCGGAUUGUGGAUUCGAUUUUGAUUGUAUUUAUAAUCAAGUUUAAUUUUUUUUUUUUAUUUUUUUAAUUUUAGGUACUGGGUAGGAUUCAAUUUUUGGGUUUCCUGAAAUACCCGAUAUAUGUGCUAGUUUUUUUUAGCAAAAUAUACUGUCUUGCAAGUUUUGAAUAGAAGAUAACAAAUCCUCUCUAUCUGGGUUUGUUCGUUGAAGCCGAAGAAGGAGUCUACCUUGAGAGGCUUGUUGUAAUUGUUUUGGGUUUUUUAGAUUGGGGAAAAGUAGACAGCUUUCGGAUUUUUGUUGUUUUUAAGGAGGAGGGGAGUUAUUUUUAGUGUGGAAGUGAAGGGAAAAAGGUUAAGCUUGCAUGGGCGAACUUGAAGGGUGGGCACAGCCAGCAAGUGGGCUAUUGCUGAAUGGCCUAUUGCCCAAUGAAGCCGCCUCCGUGAUGCGAGUGCUGGAUUCCGAGCGAUGGACCAAGGCGGAGGAGAGAACUGCAGAGCUUAUUGCCUGCAUUCAGCCCAAUCCACCCUCAGAAGAGCGCCGAAUUGCCGUUGCCGAUUAUGUGCAGCGGCUUAUCAUCAAGUGCUUCCCAUGCCAGGUGUUCACUUUUGGGUCUGUGCCCCUCAAGACUUAUCUGCCUGAUGGAGAUAUUGACCUCACAGCCUUCAGCAAGACUCAAAGUUUGAAAGACUCAUGGGCCCAUCAGGUUCGUGAUAUGCUGGAGAAUGAGGAGAAGAAUGAGAAUGCUGAAUUUCGUGUCAAAGAGGUUCAAUACAUUCAAGCUGAAGUAAAGAUAAUCAAGUGCCUUGUGGAAAACAUUGUAGUAGACAUAUCCUUUAAUCAGCUGGGAGGCUUGUGCACCCUUUGUUUCCUUGAGGAGGUCGAUCAUCUCAUAAAUCAAAAUCAUUUGUUCAAGCGUAGUAUUAUACUGAUAAAGGCCUGGUGUUAUUAUGAGAGCCGAAUACUAGGCGCUCACCAUGGACUUAUCUCCACCUACGCUUUGGAAACAUUGGUUUUAUACAUUUUUCAUGUUUUCAACAACUCCUUUGCUGGACCACUUGAGGUCUUGUAUCGCUUUCUAGAGUUCUUUAGUAAGUUUGACUGGGAGAACUUUUGUGUUAGCUUAAGGGGUCCUGUGCCCAUUAGUUCUCUUCCAGAUGUAACUGCCGAACCUCCUCGAAAAGAUGGUGGAGAGUUACUACUAAGCGAAGUGUUUCUUGAUGCGUGUAGCUCAGUGUAUGCUGUCCGCCCUGGUGGUCAAGAAAAUCAGGGCCAAGCUUUUGUUUCCAAACAUUUUAAUGUUAUUGAUCCUUUGAGAAUCAACAACAACCUUGGACGUAGUGUUAGUAAAGGUAACUUCUUUAGGAUACGCAGUGCAUUUGCAUUUGGGGCUAAAAGGCUGGCCAGGUUGCUUGAUUGUUCAAAGGAGGAUCUAUGUUUCGAAGUAAAUCAGUUUUUUCUCAACACUUGGGAUAGACAUGGAAGUGGUCAUCGACCUGAUGCACCACAUAAUGAUCUUAGGCACUUGCGACUUUCAAAUGCAGACCACUUACAUGGGUCUGAGAAUCGCAGGAACAACUUAAGCGGCAAAAAAAAUGAAAGUUCCUCCGGUCGAGAUACUCAAGGUGAGGGAAAACAUGGUUCACUUAGUGUUUCCUCUCAGCAGGGUAGUUAUCCUAUAGAAAGCAUAUCACGGAACAGUGUUUUUUCUAGUGUAACUGAUGGUCAAAGCCAAAAGAAUCAUGUGAACAUGAACAUUGGGAGGGCCUCUGAUCAGAUUAGAAAGGAAAUCAAUCCCGACCUGGGUGCACAUGUGGAUAAAGGUCAGAGAAAACCAGAUAGCUUGGUUAAUGACCUUCACGGGAGGUUUCUUUUUGCAAGGACACGCUCUAGUCCUGAGCUUACUGAUACAUAUAGUGAAGUUCCCUCUCAAGGUCGGCGGAAUAGGGCCCCAGAGAGUGGGAAAAGCCAAACUUAUUCCACGAGGUUGGAUAAUAGCAGGAGGAAGAACCUUGAGGCUGAUAAUUUAGCAAGCCACAGAUUUAGAUCUUCAGCUGAUGAUCCUUCAUCUGCUAACCAUAUUCCAUCCCAUCAAAGCCUUGAUGUUGUGGUUGAUUCAAAUAAUAGCUACCAGGAUGAAUCUGGUUCGAGUACUAUUGCUGAAGAUUUUCCGUCUAUUUCAGGGACACAAGGGAUGCACCAGGAGGAGCAAGAUCUUGUUAACAUGAUGGCAUCUUCUGCAGCUCAUGGUUUCAAUGGACAGGUUCAUCUUCCCCUGAAUUUGGGUUCUGGUCAUUUACCAUUUCCAAUCCCAUCUUCUGUUCUUGCUUCGAUGGGAUAUGCUCAGAGGAAUAUGGGUGGCAUGUUUCCCACAAAUUUUCCCUUGAUGGAGAGUCCUUGGGGAACGAAUAUGCAUUUUCCUCAAGGUGUUGUUCCGUCACCUUUAACUCAUUAUUUCCCUGGCAUGGGGUUGACAUCAAAUCCUGAAGAAUCGGUGGAACCUGGUAAUGAAGAUUUUGGUUCUGUGGAGAUGAACUCAAGUGAAACUGAUCAUGAUUUCUGGCACAACCAGGAGAGGGGAUCUACUAGUGGAUUUGAUCAUGAUAAUGGAGGUUUGGAAAUGCUUGAGGCAGAUGAUAGGCAACAGUCAACCUCAGCUGGUUAUAACUCCCAUCCUUCAUCUCGGAUAGGCGCUGGUGUAAGUUCUAUGCGAGUUCAACAAAAGUCCCCUAAAGAAAGCCGAGAUUCAACGAGAGAAGAUCAUGUCGAUGAUUUUCAGUAUCAAGAUAACCGAGGAAAUGAGGUAUACUUUGAUGACCGAGUGAGUUCUAGGUCGUUGUCGGCCAAUUAUACUAGUUCUGCAAGAAGCAAGACCUCCUCUGAGAGUUCUUGGGAAGGAUCAUCAGCAAAAGUGUCAAAGUCAACAAGGGAAAAACGGGGCAGAAAAGCUGCUCUGUCAACAGCUCCAUCUACCUCAUAUGGGAAAGGUAAGAGUGUGUCUGAACAUUCUUCUACUCAGGCAGAUGAUGAAAACAAAGAUUGGAAUCUGCCAACAACUUUAGGUGCUGAAAUGGUAGAAAGAAGCACACUAUCUCAACCUGUUGCUUCCUUGCAUGUUCCAAGACAUCAAAUGCCGGGUUUUGAACCAUCUCAAACAAGUGGAUCAGAUUCGCUGAUGCCUUUCCCAGUUCUCUUAGGGCCUGGCUCACGACAGAGAGCUACAAAUGAUUCUGGUGCUACCUACACAUUUUAUCCUACGGGACCUCCAGUUCCAUUUGUUACAAUGCUACCAUAUUACAAUUUCCCAGCAGAGGCAGGAACUUCAGAUGUAUCAAGCCAAUUCAGUAGGGAAGAUGGACCUGAAAGUGAUUCUGGUCAGAACUUUGAUUCAGCUGAAGGAAUUGAUCAACCUGAGUUAAGAAUUUCUAACUCCAUGGGAAGGGUUGCUCCUAUUGAGCCUUCUGAGUAUAAAUCUGACAUCCUUCACAGUGACUUUGCCAGCCAUUAUCAGAAUUUGCAGUAUGGACGGUUAUGCCAAAAUCCUCGGCAUUCUCCACCUAUGGUUUAUCCUUCACCUGUUAUGGUGCCCCCUGCCUACUUGCAAGGGCGAUUUCCUUGGGAUGGUCCUGGGAGACCUCUCUCAGCCAAUAUGAAUCUCAUCACUCAGCUUAUGAAUUAUGGCCCUCGUGUUGUUCCUGUUGCUGCGCCUCUCCAGUCUGUUUCUAACAGACCUGCUAGUGUGUAUCAACGCUAUGUUGAUGAGAUUCCAAGAUACCGCAGUGGGACAGGGACCUACCUUCCAAAUCCUAAGGUUUCUGCAAGGGACCGCCAUACUUCAAGUGCAAGAAGGGGGAGUUUCAAUUAUGACAGAAAUGACCACCAUGGUGAUAGAGAAGGGAACUGGAAUGCCAACUCAAAGUCACGAGCUUCUGCACGCAACCACAGUCGCAGCCAAGCUGAGAAGCCAAAUUCAAGAGUAGACCGUAUGGCAGCUAGUGAGAGCCGUGCUGAGAGGCCAUGGAGCUCACAUAGACAUGAUUCAUUCCCUUCAUAUCAAUCUCAAAACGGUCCUAUCCGCUCAAGUACUACACAGAGUGGUUCCACUAAUGUGGCAUAUGGCAUGUAUCCACUACCAGGCAUGAAUCCCGGUGGGGUGUCAUCAAAUGGACCUACCAUGCCCCCUCUUGUCAUGCUAUAUCCUUAUGAUCAAAAUGCUGGCUAUGGGCCACCACCUGCCGAACAGCUGGAGUUUGGUUCUCUUGGACCAGUGGGUUUCUCAGGUUUGAAUGAAGCUUCACAGUUAAAUGAGGGGAGUCGGAUGGGUGGAGUAUUCGAGGAACAAAGAUUUCACGGUGGCUCAACUCAACGAUCGUCACCUGAUCAGCCUUCCUCACCACACAUCCAGAGGGGAGUUUGAUUACUUUGCCAGAGCAGUGGCUGCAAGGAAUUAUCAGGAUGGAAAAUGAGGAUCUCCCGCGCGUAGCAUAUCCAGAUCAGGGAGGGUAAUGGCCGGUGAUGGAAGAAACAAGAACCGCUCCCAUUAUCAAGUGUUGUUCUCACCACCCCAUUCUCAGAAAGGAAGAGUUAAAAUUCCAUUCGAUGAUUCUUAAUAUCUUAUCACACUAUGCCUGCUUGGAGCUUUUAUGUACACUGGGAAGUAGUUUACUUGCUCCCUUUUCUUUCUGGUUAACCACUUACUCCCUUUUCUUUCUGGUUAACCACUUGCUCCAUUUCAAGAAUACAAUAUUGGUGGUGGCACAUGAUGAUGACGAUGAUGCUUGUGCUGGUGAAGGGGAGAGCAGGACCCGGCGACACAGAUUCAGAUUUAGUUUAGGACUUGUAACACUCUACUAAACUAGAAACUUGCUUUAGGUUCAAUCAAAAUUUAGGAUUUUAUCUUUCACAUAGAUUAUUAGGGUUUUCAUUCAGAAUGUGUACCAGUUCCCUUUUACGUACUGUUGUUUAAGAUUUUACAGUGUAGCAAUAACUUCACAAUAGAUAAAAAUUGGGUCAUGUUCGGUUACCUUGAUUUUUUUGUUCUUCA